UCGAUGACCGGCGGGAGUUGCCCGAGCGCGCAGAUUCGUGCCACCUCCUGAAAAUAAAUUACAUCACAUUAGUUUAAUUUUUUUUGUUCCACAGGCGCGUUUCUACAAUUGGCCGUUAUAAUUUCGCAUCGUUAUUACAUUUUUGGGGGGGGGGUUUGCCGUACUAUUUUUUUUGCACAUAGAUCGGUUGCGCUGCCGAAUUGGUGCAAAGUUGUCACGACCGUCACCCGUUGUGAAUCUGCGCGUGCGAAAAAGGCACUCGCCGUGCGCUACGUUGCUUCCUCCGAGCGAGGCCUGUACGCGCGGCUCCGCGCACUGUACCCGGUAAACAGGGAAAUUAAAAUCGUUUAAAACAAUUAAGGUAGAUAGUCGCAGUUCUGACGCAUACUCGCUGCUGUUGUUGUUGAUAUCGUCUCGGUCGGUGCCUCCGUUGUGCUUCAAUGAAGUCACGUGAUGUGGUUAGCAGCCGUAGCACCCAGAGGCACCGCCUCGUCCAGUGUUAAACGUCUAAGACUUUAAAGUAUUUUAAGGUUGAAGUAAUACAAUUUAAAUUGCGCCACUUGUGUAGAAAUUGGGUGUCGCAAACAAAAUAAAUGAUCUCUUUGGUUUCUGCAGUGUACAGAUCUCAUUUACGUGGCACCUCAAUAGCAGCGUCACUGUGUUAUGUUAAAUAAUGUUUGACAGUUAUUGUCACCAUAACUCGCGUUUUUCCAUAUUAAUAAAUUGUUCACAUUAUUGUUAGUACUCUAUGUCCCCACACAAGAUGAUUGAUAGACGUAGUGAAGUAGUUUGACAGCGUGUCCGUGUUGCAUUAGAAUCCAUAUACGUACUGAAUUACAUAAAUACACGUACGCACAUGCAAUAGAAUAUAUUUACAUAUACCUAAAUGGUGCAUAUAUCUGCGUGUGUGUAUAUACUGCACAUGUACGAAGUGAGGUCCCAUUGAGAUGGUCUAUUGCAGAGGAGACCUCAAAUAUUAAGCAGUUCACUGAGAGCGAUCGUCGCUUAAACCUAAACCAGGGGCGUAACGAACGUGUGAGAAAGCACAACUAUUAAACAAUAUAUUACAAUAUUUACAAGCAUAAUACAUAUUUACGAUUCUCGACAUCUUAAUACGAAGCGACCAUGGACGAAAAAUACAGCAGUAACGUGAUUUCAAGCGGCAAACUGGGGUCGAUUGGGAGCAACCACAAUUCUGGGGUGGCGAGGUACAUCGUGUUGUUGGCCAUUGCGAAGUUGUUGAAAUGUAUUGGCCUCUUCGAAGCCUACGACCUGCUGAGGGUGGUCAACAUUGUCCAGUUUGUGUUCUUGGUCAAGUUCGGGUCUGCAGCUUUUUUGCUGUUCUUCCAAAAGCCAUUCUCUUCUGGCAAAAGGAUCACUCGGAGACAGUGGGUGAAGAUUGUCCGAAACGCAUUCUUUGGCUGUGUCGUGUCGCUGCUGUGGUUUUACGGCCUUGCACUUUGUGGACCCUUGAGGACCAUUUUGCUGUUUGAACACAGUGACCUCCUGGUGCUAUCGCUGCUCACCACUCUCUUCACAAGCUCCACCGGGAGCCCUGCUAAGACCAGAGGAUCUGUAUUAUUCAUCAUCGGUGUCAUCUGCCUGUUAUUGUUCGACAACGAUGACCUCAUGGCAAAAAUUGCAGAGCAUCCUGAAGACCAUCACGACAGUGCCUUGACCCAUGCGCUGCACACUGCCAUUUCUCUUCUGGGUCUGGCAGAUCACAAGGGUGGGGUGCUCCUGCUGGUGCUGACGCUGCUGCUCAAGGUCGGCUACCACGCGGCCUCGCGCAAGCUCUCUAUCGAGGUGGGGGGCAGCAAGCGCCUCAACGCCCUCUCCACGUUGGUGUCGGCCGGCCUGCUGCUGCCCUGGGCGCUCGUGCUGUCAUCCACCACGGAGAACAAGGUCGGCUCGUGGGGCCAGCUGCUGUGGCCACUGCUGGUGGUGGUGUUCACCGUGUGCGUGCUGGACUACUACGCGGACGCGGUGUGCGUCGCCAAGUUGGAGAACGCGCGCUGCACCCGUCUCAGCGCCGUCUUCCUGGUGCCGUGCGCGCUGGCACUCGCAUGGCUCUGGGGGCACCCGCUCGCCGACACGCUGCGGCCCUUUGAGCGGCCCGCAGGCCCUGGCGACACGGAGCACGUACUGUCUGGAGGCGUGGCCGUCAGCGCCAGCUUCUUCCUCAUAGCCACCACCAUCCUGUCGUCGCCGAACAAGCGCGGGCAGAAGGGCAACUUCGUGGGCUACUCCCCCGAGGGCACGCCACUCUACAACUUCAUGGGGGAUGCCCUGCAGCACACGUCGCACUCCCUGCCACGCUUCAUCAAGGACUGCCUCAAGCAGAUCCUGGAAGAAUACGACUCUCGCCAGAUCUUCUACUUCCUCUGCCUCAACCUGAUGUUCACCUUUGUAGAGCUGUUUUACGGAGUGUGGACCAACAGCCUGGGCCUCAUAUCGGACGGCUUCCACAUGCUGUUUGACUGCUCGGCGCUUGUGCUGGGCCUCUUCGCAGCCCUCAUGACACGCUGGAAGCCCACUCGCAUCUUCUCCUAUGGCUAUGGACGAGUGGAGAUCCUGUCGGGGUUCGUGAACGGCCUCUUCCUCAUGGUCAUCGCCUUCUUCGUGUUUCUGGAGUCGAUCGGGCGCCUCGUCGACCCCCCGCACAUCAACACAGACAUGCUCACCCCCGUCUCGGUGGCUGGGCUCCUGGUCAACCUGGUGGGCAUCUGCGCCUUCAGCCACGCACACAGCCACGCCCACGGCCGCGCCGGGGGCUGCUCGGGCCACCAGGAGCACGGUCACUCGCACUCGGAGCACCACGGCCAUGCCCACUCGGACCACGGGCACAGUCACAGCCAUGGCCACUCGCAUGGGCAGAGUGGCGGCGGCGGCGGUGGUAUUGGUGGUGGCCUCAACGCCAACAUGAGAGGCGUGUUCCUGCACGUCCUCGCCGACACACUGGGCAGCGUGGGCGUCAUCGUCUCGUCGCUGCUCAUCAGGCAGUUCGGGUGGCUGGCCGCUGACCCCAUCUGCUCGCUGUUCAUCUCGGUGCUCAUCUUCCUGAGCGUGGUGCCACUGCUGCGAGACUCGUGCCGUGUGCUCGUCCUCCGUUGCCCCCCAGAGUGCGAACGCGAGCUCGCCAACGGCCUCAACAAGGUGCUGAACGUGGACGGCGUGCUCUCCUACCGUAACCCCUACUUCUGGAGGCACUCGGCUGCAGUUGUGGCGGGCACAUUGCACGUGCAGGUGCAGGUGGGAGUCGUGGAGCAGCGGGUCGUGCAGCAGGUGACGGCCGUCUUCAAGGAGUGCGGGGUGUCGAACAUGACGGUGCAGGUGGAGAAGGAGGAGUACUUCCAGCACAUGUCCGGCCUGGGCGCCGGCCACCGCGAAGUCAUCGCGCUCACGCAGCAGAUGGACGCCCUGGGCACACUCAAGGACGGAAUGACCAUCAUGUGACAUGCGAUGAAAGUUCUUGGGAAGGAGGUGGGGGGGGGGAUGUCUCUGGUUGGAGGAUGCAGCGACAACGUCGAAGUGGCAUUUUGGGGGGCGCUCUUAUCUCCAUUGGCAGCACUUUAGCUAACGUUAGAAAUUCCACAUUCCUAUGGUGGGAGUCAAGUUUAUCCACAGGGCAAAUGCUGUUCAUUUAUUGCGUCACAGUGAUUAGGCAUGUAACGAUUUGCCUGCCUUGCAAUUUUAUGAAGAUCACAAUUUAAUUCAGGAAAACAUUUUUUUACAUCAUGGUGAUUGUAGCAACUCUAUUGGUUGCAGAAAUCACGUGAACCAGUUGCAAGUUGACAAUAACGUAUUCUCACGCACAGGAUUUAAUGCAUGUUCUGUGAGUGCAAUAAACGAUUUUGUUUGACGAAUCGUUACAUGCCUAGAGGUGAUUUAUUUUAUCGUCCCAGUGGUGACGAUGAACCCAGUGUGACCCCUGACUGCCAUUUGAAUUCACCACCUUCCAAUUGUGAACUCGAGUGUUAACCAAACAAGCCAACGGCGAUGGCUCGCUUACAUUCAGAAUUCGAAAGCAACGCCAAGCAAGUUGCAGCUCACUCAACAGUUCCGCUCAAAUUUCUUCAAGCGCAACUAAAGGGUUUCUACGAUUAACCACGCAGUAAUGCCAUGGCGCCUUCACCGAGAAGUCUACAAUCGUCCACGGGAACGCUAAGAAUUGUUUUUACCCCCAAACCUUGCUAAGCGUUGCUGUUACACAAAAGUCUGUGUUUGUCCUCGCCUGCAUAUGGGUAUCACCCCUAACCAAUGCGCGUGUAUUUUAAAGUGCAAAAUAGACCAUCCUACUCUUAUCUAAUGUUUGGUUAUCAAAAUUCUGAACCGUCUGGUGUAAAUAAAAUGUUGGAUCACUUCA